AUGAUUCUACACCAAACUAUAACAGUUCUUUUUUCAUUUCUUACUCUAACUAUAGCUGAAAGUGAGCCAUACCUGAAGGAACCAUAUCGCCCACUAAGUCCACUUGUUAAGUGUAAUUUUUUGCCUAUAGAAUUUCUAGAUUGUGAUGAGCCAGUAGAUCAUAAAGGUAACGAAACUGCAAAGAAGGCAGUAAAGCAUGGCUGUGUGAAAUUCGGAGGUGUUAGAUAUGAAGAUGUGGAGAAAACAAAGGUGCAAUGUAAAGCACUAGAUGGAAUUGAGUGCUAUGGAAGCAGGAGUUUUCUUAGGGAUGGAUUUCCUUGUGUACGAUAUUCAGGACAUUACUUUACAACAACCUUAAUUUACAGUAUAUUAUUAGGAUUUCUUGGAAUGGACAGAUUUUGUUUGGGUCAAACAGGUACAGCUGUGGGCAAACUUUUAACAUUGGGUGGACUUGGAAUUUGGUGGAUUGUAGAUGUUGUAUUAUUAAUAACUAAUAAUCUGCAUCCAGAAGACGGUAGUAACUGGAACCCAUAUGUUUAA